AUGGCACUUGCGGAGCACGUCUCGAGUGGAACUGGAGCCAUCAACGCAGGGUAUCGUGGUCGCGUACGCACUGGUUGCUUGACGUGUCGAGCCUCUAAGGUGCGCUGUGAUGAGCAGCAUCCGGUUUGCAAACGAUGCACCCGGCUGGGUCGAGCCUGUGUUUACAAGAAGAAGGCCUCUUCUCAGCACUCAUCGCCGUCGGACACGAUCGAUCAUGGCGGGACUACUACCGAUGCGCACGGGCCCCGCCUCAGACUUCGACGAGUCUCUGUCACCCCAUCGCCGCUUCAAGAUCAUGCCGUGGAAGAUCAACAGCCAGUGGACGUCGCGUCCCCUUACGUCGGUACACCGCGCUCGAACAGCCAGCAUGAUGGGCGCUCGCCAUACCUAUUAUCAACGACCACAACUGACUCUCCCUCUCUCCUAUCCAUGAUGGUAUCUCAGGACAUUUACCUAUGUACCACCAUCGACCUCAUGGUAGCUAACGAGGAGUCUGCCCGCCCGUCCUUUACGUAUUUUCAACACUCAGUGUUUUCACCCUUCAUCGCCCCAUACGAUCCCAUCGGCUGGCAGUACUUCCAGCACCAAGUAGUGAGCCUGGCCGCCCACAACGCAACCAUCGCAACCGCCCUCCUGGCAGUGCAGUCCUUGUACAAAGCACAGGGCAAUGGUCUGUCUACAUCAAAGGCGCUGUCGCUGUACAGAGCGGCAUCUUCUCUAUUCCAGGCAAUGCUAUCGAGAGAAGAUGAGUACGAUCCGGAAACCAUUCUCAUGCUCAUCCUCCUGCUACAUCUUGCGGAGAUGCUUUUGCCCGAAGACACAGGGCCGGGUCCGCUUGCACAACAUGAUGGACCGCUACUCACCCGCCUGGAACUCUGGUCUGAAGGAAGACACCACACUCCUCUGGCCGUCCGCGUCGCCUCUUGGCUCUUACUAUGUCACGCAGCAGCACGUCGUGGCGGCAACAGCGGGCUGCUAUCCAACCGAGCCCAAAAUGUUUUACGACUGCCAUGCUGCAACACACCAACCCUGCCUCUCCUGCCCCUCGACCCCACCACUCCCCUACACACCACAAUGCUCCAAUCAUUGACCGAGCCGCUCUACAACUUCCACUUCCAGCUGCAACUCCUCUCCAGCCAAGUCGCCGACCUAUCCCACUACCACCGCAGCCGCGUCACCAGCUCCGACCAAGAAGAAGUCUUCGCCCUCAUCGCCUCCCUCAAGUCCCAGAUGCAGCGCCUCUGGACCACCCGCCCGGCCACCAUGCGCUCCCCGCCCGCCGAGAUCCGCAGCCACCUCUCCCAGCACCUCAGCGAGCCCCUCCUCCACCUCAUCGCCACCUGCACCGCCGCCUACCACCACGAAAUCGUCGAAGUCGGCCGCAACCUCAGCGACCCGCCCUUCGCGUCCCCCGAGGCCCGCGACCACCUAGCCAGCGUCCGCGCCCUGAUCGAGAGCCCGGACUGGCCCACCACCUCUCCUUCCACCGCCUCCAACGACGACGACGACGCCGCCACCAGUGGAAAAUUACACGCAGCCUUCCUCCGCCCGCUCUUCCUGUACGCCAUCGAGAGCAUCCACCAGGCCGAGACCGAGUGGGCGGUCGAGCAGAUGCGGAGGAUCAAGGACCCCGUCAGCCGCAGCGACUUCUUCGCCAGCUUCGCCGACGGGCUGGCGAGGGCGCAGAGGGAGAAGGGUCGGCGCGUCACGACCAAGUGGUGGUGCUGGCAGGCGUUUGGCGUGACGCCGCCUUACCUGUGA